AUAGCCCCUUAUAACGACAGCCCGGGACAUUUUCGCGAAGCGAGGAAUAACCCCCCCCCCCCCCAACACACCCAAAGAAAAAUCGUCGCCGUAAAAGAAAGAGAAGAAUUUCGCCUGAAAUUUCAUUCGCUUUCUCGACCGGCUACCUCUUCUCUCCCACAUCAUGACAACAUCAAGGCGCCUUGCAGACAGGAAAGUGUUGAAGUUCGAAAAGAACAUAACAAAGAGAGGAGCUGUUCCUGAAACAAGCACAAAAAAGGGGAAGGAUUAUCCUGUUGGCCCUAUGUUGCUUGGGUUCUUCGUUUUCGUUGUCAUUGGAUCAUCUCUCUUCCAGAUUAUCAGGACAGCGACCAGUGGAAGCAUGGCAUAAGGCUGCAUAUAGCCCGUGUUAAAAAAAAUGCAGAAGAGACUUGUUAUGUUCUUUUUCUAUAAGUUUUGUAGCGAACUGAUGAUAUAAUAUGUUUACUAGAUAUGCGUUGUAACUCAUGUUGUGAAGAUUUCAAAAAUUGAAUAAGACCUCCCUUUCGUGUCUUUUUCUAUUUUA